GAGAGAUAGAGAGAGAGAGUGCCUGCAUGGAGUUAUGUCCUGACUCUCUCUGACCCUAACUUGCUGACGACUGGGUUACUACCAGAGCUGGACUAUAACUACUGAAGCUAACCAGUUGCUACCCUGGACUAGUACUACUACUGUAACUUACCUGCUCUAACUGUUUCUACUUUACGGUGGUAUGCACCGCCCUGAAACUCUUCAACUCUAACCGACUAACCGUGGCUAACUGUUCUUAACUGUGGACUGGGUUACUACUUUAGGCCUGGACUACUGCACUAAGAACUAAGCUGCUGUAACCUGCUGUAACACUGACCUGCUGUAGCUAAACUGUUGACAACACUGGACUGAAGAACUGUCAACUAGAACUUCACGCUAACGGCUAACUCUGGACUAAGCCCUCUAAUCUAGAAUCUUUCGAUAAUGGCUAGCAAUAGACGCUAACACAGCCUCUUCCUCUCUAACCUGCUGCCUCUGACCAGCUAACUGUGCUAACUCCAUCAUGGGCCUCACUCUCCUCCUGCUCAUCACCUACCUGGGAUACACACACUCACAGGCUGAUGUAUCCAGUAUGAGUUCUCGAACAGCGUUUACAGUCAUGGUGACUGCCGCGUCCUCCUCCAACCUCAGCCCUCCGGUCAGCCGCAUUAUCAACACCAACGAAACCGCCCCAACAUCCCCACCUACCAAUCUAGAGGGAGAGAGGGUAGGCUCCAAUGGGAUCCUUCUGUCUUGGACCAUGCCCUCUGACUCUCCCAUCGACGGUUAUGUGAUCAGGUACAAGGAGAUGUGUCCAUAUCCAGAUAUCACCUUCAAAGAGGUGACCAAGCACCUAGAUGUCCCUGAGACCCUCCUCAACCUCUUUUUACCAGGAUCUACCUAUAACAUUAAGGUUGCAGCAGAAAACUCUGCUGGUAUUGGUCCCUAUAGCAAGUCUAUGUACAUCAAAACUGCUGAGGCCCCCCCCGGCCUGGUGACUAAUCUGACAGCAUUUGCUCAGAACCACACGUUCGUAGUGGUCACGUGGUUCCUGCCGCUCCGCAUCAACGGUCUGAUCAACAAGUUUGCGGUCAAAGCCAAACACGCUCGUACCGGUCAGACCGUCCGCAUGCUGGAGCUGGAUGCUGAGGAAAUCAUGACCGUAGCGCUACCACACUGCAACGAUGCAGUAGAAAUCCUGUCUCGUGGGACCGCAAGUCCAUCAGAGGUGACAGCGUCCUCUCCUCCUGUCACCCUGUCAGCCGUCCCACCUGCCGCCACAUGGGCUGUACCAAUAUCCGUAGGGGUGGACCAGCUGCGUCCCUACACAGCAUACGUCUUCGAAGUGUCUGCUUUCACCUCCGACGGAGAGGGACAGGUAGCCUCCACCAUGGUCCGCAUGCCUGAGUCAGCCCCAGAGGACCCUCCCUACAACCUGUCGGUAUGGAAUGUGACGUCUAAGUCAGUCUCUGUCUCCUGGGAUCCGCCAACCAUUGUUACCGGACGCUUCAGCUACGUCACCCAUCUCUACGGCCCCACAGGGUUUAUCUAUGAGAACAGCACAGGGGACCUGAAGUUUGCGUACUCUGGUUUGACUCCCUACACACACUACAGAGUAGAGGUCCGGGCCAAGUCUGCUGGCCUGCUGGGGCCUGAGGCCUUUUCUGCAGUACUGACACACGCUGAGGCUCCCAGUGCGGUGCAGGCUCUGCAGGCAGUAGCACUAGACUCUGUGUCGGUGGGUGUGAGUUGGAGAAGCCCUGCCCAACCCAAUGGUCUGAUCACACAGUACAGACUCCUGGUUCUGUCUGACAACACACUGCUGCAGGACAUCACUCUCAUCGGAACACAGAACCUAAAUGACACUGAUCUCCAUGGUGAUGGAACGUUAGUGCCAGGUAUCCCUGGUGACUCUCUGCGGCGUAAGAGAUCAGCUGACCUCAGCCUGACCACCUCUCCACUUGCAUUCACGGUCACCCUGUCCGACCACACAGUCGUCACUGGCAUGACCAUGACCACAACCAGCCGCACACACAGCGCUUCAACCCCCCCUGACCUUAAUCCUAACCUUGACCACAACAAUUACACUGUCCCCACAGUCACUGAGAGCCCCAGUCUGACCAGUAUGGGCCCUGGGACUGACCAGACCUCUGACUUUCCAGACUCCUCCCCUAUGACCUUUGAUGCUGUAACUUCAGGGACUUCUGUCCUCUCCCUGACCUCUUCAACCCCGGCCACACCCCUCCCCUGGCUCACUGCCAACUCACAUCCCGGCCAGCUCACCUCUGGCCAGCCACGCCUCUCCACCCGUUCUGCACCUGCAGUCACAGGACACCUCCAGACACUCCCCUCCACCAGGGCUGCAGCCUCCAGAACCCCGGGAGGACUGUAUGUGAGAGAGGAGGUGAUAGACAUGAAGUCUGAGGAGCUGUCUUACCUUGUCUCUGGUCUUAGUCCCUUCACUGAAUACACCUUCACCGUUACCGCGGCUACCGCUAUUGGAGAGGGUCCUGCCUCACACGUCUCUGAGAAGACCCGCGAGCAGGUUCCUAGCUCAGUGGUGGCUGUGUCCUAUCAGAACGUUAGCUCCACUUCCAUCCUGGUCAGCUGGACUCCGCCCCUCUACCCCAACGGACGAAUCACACAUUACACCGUUUACGGACUCAACCUGCACAGCAACCAGGCCCUGCAGAGAGUUACAAACAACACCAGCAUACUGCUCACAGGGCUGGAGAAGUAUACAGGUUAUAAACUGCGAGUGGCUGCAUCUACUGCUGUAGGAGAGAGCUCUCUGUCUGACCGAGACGAUAUCUUCGCUGUCACACCCGAAGAUGAACCUGACUCCCCACCCAUAGGAUUAACAGUCGUAGACACCUCUCCUUCCACCACCACCCUCUCUUGGUCGCCCCCGGAGAGAGCCAAUGGAGUGAUCCAACAGUAUGAGGUCCUGUACAAGAACCAAUCAUUUGUGGCAGUGUUGAACAGCUCUGUCCCCAGAGUGACUCUGACAGGGCUGAUGCCGUUCUCCUACUAUAACGUGUCUGUCAGAGCAUACACACGCCUCGGACACGGGAACCACACCUCAGACACACUCACUAUGCUGUCUGGGGAGGACGUACCGGGAAGUCCUCCCUACGGCCUGUCCUAUGAGUCCGUCAGUCCCAAUGAGGUGAAUGUGACCUGGGAACCCCCACUAGUGCCCAAUGGAGUUAUCACGCACUACAGCCUUGAGCUGCGAAACUCUUCCCACUUCCUCAACCUGACCACACCCAUUAGCCACGUCCAGAUCACUCACCUAAGGAAGUUUGCGCAAUACACUCUGGUGGUGAAGGGACACACACGAAUGGGCCCUGGAAACCACAGCAGUGACCCACUCAACAUCACCACACUGGAGGAUGUGCCCAGUGAUCCGGUCCACAAUCUCAGUGCUCAGAUCUUCAGUUCUACAGCCAUCAUAGUAAGCUGGGACCCCCCUAUGGAACCCAAUGGACGCCCCUUCUACUUGCUCACCCUGCAGGAAGCAGGACACCCCCAACCCCCAAAACCUAUGAACCCCUCUUACCCUAACACCAACCCCCCCGGACCCCCCGCUGUCAACAAUACCAUCACCAAGACAACCAACGAUAACGUCUUCCUGUUUACCAAACUCAGGAAGUACUAUCCCUACGUCUUCACUGUUACUCCGGCAACCAGCGCCGGCCCGGCCCACAACCACACCAGCCUGCUGCACGUGAGGACUGAUGAUGAUAUUCCCAGUUCAGCUCCAGUGCUGGUGUCCUGUAGGAACCUGUCGUCCUCCUCUGUGUCUGUGGUGUGGCAGCGCCCCCUGGAGGCCAAUGGAGAGAUAACAGAGUAUUCCCUCACCAUGUUCGGCCCUGGCGGCUCCAACACCACACACACCCCCAACACCAUCCUCACACUCACACAGCUCCUGCCCUACACAGCCUACAACCUCUCCAUCACCGCAGCCACCCGCAAGGGCUCCGGACCCCCGCUACUACUGAUGCUGCACACAGAUGAAGCAGGUCCGAUGUCUCCUCCCAGGAAUCUGUCUCUGUAUAACCACACAGCCUUUUCUGUGUGGCUGACCUGGGAACCCUCUCUGGAACCCAAUGGUGUGGUCACAAACUACGGCUUCAGGAUCUGGGAGAUUAACACAAACACAAUCAGAUAUCAGAACUCUACAGGUCCGUGGACAGAAGGACAGCUGAGUGGGUUCAGGCCUCACAGCUCCUAUGAGAUCAGUGUGCUUAGCUACACCAGAGUGGGUCAUGGAGACCAGUAUAGCACUCCUGUGUCCUUCACAACCAAUGAGUCCGUGUCUGAAGUGGUGGGUAACCUGUCCUGCUCUGGUCUGGGCUGGGACUCUGUGUUUCUACACUGGGAGCCUCCAGCCAACCCCAAUGGACUCAUCCUGUACUACCAGGUCCAGGUGGACAGACACUCAGACUCACAGUCAUACAUACACCAGGCUGACACAAACCAGUAUACGGUCAGCGGGCUGGCGCCGGACGCAGAAUUCACACUCACCGUAACAGCUGUCAACUCUGCUGGCCCAGGAGACCAGGUCAACUGUACUGCCUACACACACCCCGAGUCAGUUCCUGGUGUCCCUCGAUUCCUGAGUGUGUCAGAGGCCACGUCCACCAGCGUGACGCUCCAAUGGGCUGCUCCCCUCUCUGCUCUGGGCAUGCUCACUGAGUACCGCAUCACUGUGCAGCUGCUGUCACCUGACUGCCUGUCCAACACACCCCUUUCUGAAGCCACACCCCUCCCAGAGCCGAGCCCUUCCCUGGCUCCAGGCUGCGUGGAUCAGGAGGUGUUGGUGUCAGUGAAUGGUUCUGAUGGUGGUGAGGGCAAUAGGAGCAUCACUCUCCAGUCUCUGGUCAAGUACCGCCACUACCGCUUCAGAAUCACAGCCCUUACUAAUGCUGGGCCAGGAGAACACACACCCUGGAGAUACACACACACAUUGGCUGGGAACCCUGAUGCCCCUCCCAGCAACCUCUCAAUGACCAUGUCCUCCAAUGGCCUCCGUAUCGAAUGGCAACUCCCAGAUGUGAUUACCGGCCCCACUUCCUACCUCAUAGACGUAAUCUCUGUGAGUACACAUGCACACACACACACUCAAAGAAUAAUGAGAAAAAAGGAGUUUCUUGCAUCUGUAUGUUGUGUUGUUGUUCAGCUGGAUAGCGAGGGGUUAAACCAGUCUGUAGUACGCGGCCCAGAGGAGCUGAGGACCGUAGUUGUGUCAAACCUGACUGCGUUCACUCGCUACUCUGUGACCGUGACCGCCUUCACUGGACGACUGGAGAACGCACGGCGGGACGGACAAGCCACUGAGCCCACUGUCAUCAGAACAAUGGAGGAGGAGCCCAGGGAUCCUCCUAAGAAUGUGACCCUCCAGGUAAUUCCAGAGGAAGUGACCCGUGUGUUUGUGACCUUUGCCCCCCCGGAGGAGCCUAAUGGGAACAUCAGUUCCUAUACGGUGCUGGUCUACCGCCAGGGCCAGCUAGAGAUGACCAUCGACCGCCUCACCGUGGUUCAAAACGAGAACCGCACCCUGACCGCAGUCAUCGACGGGCUGAAGGGAGGCUACAACUAUAGUAUACGGAUUGCAGCGGUAAACGGAGCAGGUUUAAGCCCCCCCAGCUCAGAGGUUCAGAUCACUACAGGGAUCAAAGCUCCUGCCAAGCCCACCCAGAGACCCCAGGUGAUGUUGGACCGAGGAGGAGUUGCCAUGGUAACCUCCAGAAGCAUCAUUGUUCGCAUGCCAGCUUGUUUCUACAGCAAUGACAACGGACCAAUCAGCAGCAUCCAGGUCAUCAUGUCCGAAUCUGGGGUGAUGGACAGCAUGAACCUGACCAACUGGAAGACAGCAUUUCUCUCUCGUCCCGCCCCCUACCUAACAGACAAUGGCUUCCCCAACCCACUCUGUGUGAGGGACCGUAUGAGCAGGGACACACAAACCAGCAAACUCACUUUCUCACUCAUUAGACACAGUAUUGUGAGGGACAGGGUUCUGGGACAUAGAGACUCAGGGGGGGAGCGCAUAGACCACCAGGAUGAUCACUAUGUCAUCGGAGAGAAGGACAACUGUCUGACUGAAGAGUACAGUAACACACUCUGUAACGGACCCCUCAAACCAAACACUGUCUACGUAUUUAAGUUCCGAGCCACCAACAUCCGGGGUCAGUAUACAGACUCCGACUACUCUGAGCAUAUCAGAACAGCAGUGGAUGGGUUGUUGACCAGAGAUGAACAGAUCAUUCUGGGAGUUCUCCUCUCCUUCUUCCUGGCCCUGCUGCUCAUCCUCGUCAUCUACGCCUCUGUCAGGAUCCGUCAGCGGCAGAAGGAGGGCGGGACCUACUCUCCCCGGGAGGCGGAGAUUAUAGAGACCAAGUUUAAACUGGAUCAACUGAUUGCUGUGGCUGACCUGGAGCUGAAGGAAGAGAAACUACACCGGUAUUCCUCCUUCUUCUUUAGACGGAAGGAGAUAUUUGUCAUUCAACUUCUCAGCUACAGAAAGUCUCUCAAGCCCGUCAAUAAGAAGUCUUUCCUGCAGCAUGUAGAGGAUCUGUGUGCCAACGAGAACACCAAGUUCCAGGAAGAGUUUGCCGAGUUGCCCAAACUGCUGCAGGAUCUGGCUACUUCAGACGCUGACCUUCCCUGGAACAGAUCCAAGAACCGCUUCACUAACAUCAAACCCUACAACAACAACCGUGUGAAGCUCUUGUCUGAGCCUGGCAUGCCUGGAUCUGACUACAUUAACGCUAGCUUCAUCUCAGGUUACUUGUGUCCUAGUGAGUUCAUAGCGACCCAGGGUCCUCUCCCCGGCACUGUGGCUGACUUUUGGAGGAUGAUCUGGGAGACUCGCACACGAACCAUCGCUAUGCUCACACAGUGCUAUGAGAAAGGAAGGAUCCGGUGUCACCAGUACUGGCCAGAGGACAAUAAGCCGGUGACAGUGUUUGGGGACAUCAUCAUCACCAAGCUGACAGAGGACGUUUAUCCUGACUGGACCGUCAGAGCUCUCAAAGUGGAGCGGCAUGGGGACUACAUGGUGGUUCACCACUUCAACUACACCUCCUGGCCAGAGCAUGGUGUACCAGAUUCCAGCACCACACUCAUACAGUUUGUUCGAGCCAUCAGAGCCAACAGGCAUGAGAACACUACUAUAGUGGUGCACUGCAGUGCUGGCGUGGGCAGGACAGGAGUGUUUAUAACGCUGGAUCACCUGAUCCAACACGUUAGUGAUCACGACUUUGUGGACAUCUACGGUCUGGUGGCUGAACUACGCAGUGAGAGGAUGUGUAUGGUGCAGAACCUGGCCCAGUAUAUGUUCCUACACCAGAGUACUCUGGAUCUGCUGAACAGUAAAGGAAACAGCCAGUCCAUCUGGUUCAUCAACUACUCUGCUCUGGAGAAGAUGGACUCACUGGAAGCUAUGGAGGGUGAUGUCGAGCUGGAAUGGGAGGAGACUACGAUGUAAAGGCUGAGAACUUAUCAGUCAACUUCACACCUGAUGAACACACAUCUAUCCCUGGGUCAUGGGGCCAAAUCCUGGACACUCUGACUGUUUGUCAGAUGGAUUGCUCCACCAGAGAUAGAGAAAGAGGAGGGAGAGAGAAUUGUGUAGUCCAAACAGAGUAAUGUUUCCUCUAGCUUCUUUGGGAACACAAGUUGCCCUUUUCUGGCAGGAGGGUCAAAACAACACAACAAAACUUAGUUGUUUACCUGGCCUGAAUCAUCACACAAUUACAGUCCUUGUGGAGUCCUGCAUCUUUUGUAUAAGUUCACAGGCAGAAAAGAGAGGGAUAUAUAUCACACAUGGAGGUUUACAGGUAUCUUGCAAUAGUCAUUCCACUGUGUAUUUCAUUGGAUUCUUGGAUCAUGUUUUUGUAUAUUAGGUUUUUCGGCCAAAUAGUGUUGUCACGGUGUUCAUAUGUUUGCUUCGCUGUAUUACUACGUUUAUGUCACGUGUUGCUAUGUUUGUCAUUGUAAUUGGGAGGUUUGAGGUAUAAUAUAUUUGUGGGGUGUUCUUGUGUAUUUGAUGUAUUUUGUUCCACAUCUGUGUUUUGGACCAGAAGUAAAAUCAACUCCACUACUCA